UUUCAUGGUUCUCCGUUUUACUUGGUAAAUAAGACUUUUCUGUCCUAGAUUUUGUGGAGAACGAUUCGGAUCAUUCUCUCAUCAGACAGUUUUCAAUUUUGAACGGAAUUCGACAGCUUUUAUCUCUGCCAAAGCUAAGUUCCAGCACCAUCAUGACGCAGCCUUCCGCAUCAUGCGUGAGGUUUGAACGCCGAGGCGCAAUUUCCGAGAUUACGAAUCGUUGGAAGAAUGUUCUGGCCAAUAGUGAACUGACGGAUGUGGAAUUCGCCGUUGGACGUCAGUGUGGCGGAGUGCAGAAGAUCCGAGCGCACAGAUUGACUUUGGGCGUCAGCAGCGAGGUGUUCCAUGCGAUGUUCUACGGGAGCUUAGCCGAGCGUAACGACGCUGUCAUCGACGUCCCGGACAUUCCCCCAGACGCUUUCAAGAAUAUGCUCAGCUAUGUGUACACUGGGACGGUGGAGAAUCUGAAAGAGGAUAAUGUGCUGCAGACGCUCUACUGCUCGGACAAGUACGACUUGCCGUGGCUGGCUGAGCUCUGUAUGGAUUUCGUUCUCCAGGACUUGAAGCCGGAGAACUGCCUGAUGUACCUGGGAAAUGCGCAACGCUGGACUCCGGAUUUUGAUGUUGUGAUGGAGAAGUGUUGCGAUGUGCUGGAUGUAUCCAGCAAAGUCGUUCUCCAGUCGGAGUACGUCACGGCAUUGGAGCGUAAAACUCUAGAGAUGAUUCUAGAAAGAGACACUUUGUCGGCAGAGGAGAAUAUCGUGUAUACUGCCGUUGAAAAAUGGGCCGCGACAGCCUGUGCUCGCAAGAAGCUGGCUCCCACGCCGGCUAAUCGUCGCCGCCUGCUGGGCGGUGCAUUGUACCAUGUACGCUUCCCGCUGAUGAAUGACGAAGAGCUGGCCAACGGACCUGUUAAGAGCGGUCUACUGACUGCCAACGAAGUACGUGAACUGUAUCUCUGCAAACAUGGAACCAGUGAAGACCAGCUGAAAUUCUCCACGAAACCGCGGAAGUACGUAGCGUUUCGUCUGGGGUCGAAGCGCGAGCCCUUGUGCAGAAAUCGGGAGAGGUUGUUCGUUUUAUUUGCGAACGGUUAUUGGUAUCCCGCGAUCGUCACUGGAGACAAUGAAGUGGAUGAUUAUGCCAAGUAUAAACUGGAGGAGCCGACAGACAAGGGUGACUUUGUCCAGCCAGCCCAAGUCGUUCAUGCCGGGGAUAUUCUUAAACGUGGACUGGUCGUGUACGCGUACAUUGACGGAGGCUACCAAGAGGCGACGUACGGCGUACAGCGAGCGGGUCGCCAUACCGUUGAGGUUGCCGGUCGAGAGAGUAGUGUGGCAUUCAGGGAGUUGAAGAUUGCCGGUAAGCACGUCGAGGAAUGGAAAGCGGCCUGAAAUUAAUGCUGGCAUUUUUUGGGAUGGAAGUGCGGUGUGGAAUUGGACGGUCUUCAGUUGAAUUUAUUUAUUUUGAAAUGAGUGUACAUGCUCCGAUGUUUGUGUUCAUAUAUUUAGCUGUUGGUACAACAUGAGUAGACUGAAAUCAUUAGAGUAUUAGUCUUCUUAGCUUCAUUACGCACUGUUUUUGACUGGGUGGACGCAAUAUUGGAAACUGUGGAUUGUUGACAUGACGUUUGCUAUACUUCG